UUAGUGGAGAGUUACCCAAGAGGGUAUCCUUCCCAGGCCGCUUUCCAGUCCAGCGAGUCCAGUUUCUCCAUCUAUCGAUCGUUCGACUAUCUGCAUUCUCGAGUUAUCCUUGAUCUGCAAGAUGAGCUUCGUUGUCUUGAAUCGGAUUUGAGCGAGCUGGACGAAGAGGACGGCUUUGCGCCUGACAUGGAACGUAGAAAUAGUGUUCGAUCUCGCGAACUGGACCUCGAGGCCGCAGGCUCGGAGGAUGGUUUAUCGCCCCGUUCGGCUCUACUUUCCACUAUUCGCGACAAGCUUGUGCGCUACGAUGAGAUUCUCUUGAAAGCAAGAGAACUCAACACUUUUCAAAGACCAAGCAACCGUGAUUACAGAAGUCUUAGACAUUGGUGUCGGGCGAAGAAACCAUUGGUAGAUGAGGAACAGGUUUUCGUCAUGCGUAAGGAGGACCUAAUCAGUCUCAGACAAGGUAGAGAGUGGGCCGGCUUUGAUGGCUGGAUCGAGUCGUCCAUCAAGAGGUUACCGAAGUGCAUAAAACAAUCUCUAUUCACCACACCUGAGUUGCGCGAAAAGACUAAGGACGCUUCGAUCGAGUACUACUCGCCUUCUCGAGUGGAGAAACUCGUCGGUCUCAUCAUCACAUUGAUUAUCUUCGUGCUGCUUGUUUUACCUGUGGUUGCGAUGUACAAGCUGACAUCCGUCGGGAACCGGAACUCGACUCUCGAUGCUGUUGGCCUGCUGGUUGUUUUCACACUGCUCUUCUCAGCAGCCAUGUCUCUCCUGACUAAAGCCAAGCGACACGAGCUGUUCGCUGCGUCAGCCGCUUACUGUGCGGUGCUGGUCGUGUUCAUCUCGAACUUCAGCAAUGAUGGCAAUCCAAACUCUAUGGGUGGCGGCAGAGGAGCCUGA